GCCCGUAGAUCAGUUAAACAUUCGAUUUGAAGUUAUCAUCAACUUUCAGAAAGAGUAACAAUUAAAAUUUUCUUAAAGUUAGUCGAGGAAAAGUUUAGUUCAAUUAUGCUUUUAAAACUGUUUAUUCUGUCAAUUGCAAUUAUAAUUUGUUCAUCCGACUUCUCAGACUCAGAAACGUCACUGAAAUGCUGGAGAUGUUCAUCCAAUAUAUCGAGUGCCAAUUUCUGUGACGAUCCAUUCAAUCCUAACGUACUAAGUAACCUAGAAAAACGAUGGAUCUACGUCCAAUGUCCCCAUCCACCGAAUUAUUUGAAUCGAAACGGACAAGCGUACAACUUUAUUCCUGUCUGCAAGAAGGCUACUUUACGGAACGUCGAUGGCACCAGAGUGAUUGCACGGUCAUGUCAUUGGGUGAACAACGAAACUCCAAAAGGCGAAUGUUUACGCACUGUAACAGAAUCGAAUGUCGUAACAGAAUCGUGUGAAACUUGCAGAACUGAUGGCUGUAAUGGUUUUUAACAUUUUUUGAUUAAAUAAAAAAAACAAAGGAAAUCAA